UUCAUGCGGACGAAUUCGUCCGCUAGUUUGAUAUAAAGUCCUCCAAGGCACGCUACGAUACCAUACGAUACUGUUCGCUUUGGAUGUCGGUGUAUGAUAACUGGCCAAGUGUGUGUUGUCUACGAGUAUAUAAACUGAAGAUUCCUUCAGUUGAUACCAGUAGUCUGUCUACUGUCACCGGACAUCCAUCGUCUGAUAUGAUGAAGAUGAAAUGAAUUCAAUGAUGAAGUCUGUCACUGUAAAGCUGAGUGUUCACAUAUUAAAUCACGCACAAUUUGGAAAUAAAUGCAAAUGGAUAUUGUAAAACUGCUCGUAAUUUAAGCAGCCUUAGAAUGUCAAAUAAUCUCAAGAGGUCACAUCAAUAUUUCGUAAAGCAGAUGACAUUUAAAAUACAACAAUUAGAAUGUAAAAAUGUUGUAAACAUAGGUAAUAUAAUUUUAAUAUUAGAUAAUAAUUUAUGAUGUCAUAAUUUAAAACAACGAUAGAUAUGCAAAACUCAGAAGAGCUCAUAGAACGGGGGCCUGCGAUGGCCAGACCACAUUUUAUGAAGGCUGUGAAUCUGUCAGUCUCUUGCCAUAGGUUAGAGUGGUAGCCAAUUAUGGAAUUAACUACGAGUAAGACCGUGAUGGCUUUACAAGUUAGCAGGUUUUAAGGGUCCAGAUUCUCAGUUAUCCCACUAAAAUUAGAUAUUUAUGCCACUGUAAUGUAAUGAAGGUGUUUGUAGCAUUUAGUGAUUUUUGUGCAAUGAGGCGAAACCGAAUUGUUAAUGGUUAUUUACGUGCAUUGGCGUAAAUAUAAUACAAUACUUUUUCUAUGAUCAUGAUAAAAUAAAUAAAAGAAUAAACAAAACUUGGAGUAUGGAAUCUUGAAACCUUCCAAUACCAUCACGAUCCAAACUCUAUAAUUGACUACCGUACCUACUUACCUAUGGACUCUUUUUGGACCAAGGCGCUUUUUGUUUUGUUUAGAAUCCUCGUGACUUUAAUAUUAAGUUAUCCACCAAUUAUUAUCACCAUUUUCAAACAAUAUUAUGACGUUUAGACGACUGACGUUUCGAAAGUGCUUGUAGCCUUGAAAUAAAUGAAAUUUGACCUUUGACUAGAAGGAUAGCCUAACAAACUCACAGCUUACAUAAAAUGAAGUCUGGCUACCACAGACCAUCUAUCACGGAAGAUCGUGAUGUUAAUAUACUUCAAAAAUAUAUAAAUGAAGCUUCCAAUAAACAUCCCGAGCCACUCAGUCGCGAUGUUAAUAUUAAGAAGACUUAUUGUUUUAUUAUUUUUGUUACAAUUUAUCUUAUUUACAAAUGGAAACGAAGUAAAUAAGUUUCGUAAUGAAAAAAUUGUUCUCGUUGCACCUAUAUUGGCACCGAAUAAAAACUCGCGGUCAAGAGUAGUGGAAACUGCCAAGGAUUUUCCUGUUGUGAGACUGAUAACCACGGAUAAAGCGAAAACAUACUCAUCCGCACGCACGGCAGAACCUCAGCCUAUUUAUGUCGAAAAACUUGAAGAUCAGAUUAACAUACGAAGAAGACAAUCCGGUUCCCAUUAGUUUUUUAACGCCUGCGUUAUCUACAAUACCUUUGUUUAAAAAAUCUCGCUAAAGGUUACGUCUACAUGAUCGGUCCAACGCAUGCGCUGAAAAAACGAGAUGUUUAUAGUAUUGAUACUGUAAUACCUGGUGUACAACCAAAAGAAGAAACAGUAAUAAUUGUACCAAACACAGGUGUAAACAGUUAUCCUUAUAACAAAUACUAUCCAGGGAAUCCGGCUUCUCGCUACGGAGCAAAUACGGGAACUACUGUCAUUGUUAGUAAUCCAGAUAGCAAUUACGAUAGCGUCCAUGGAGGAAAAUAUUUGCCUAAUAACUACGCAAAUAAAUAUGGUUAGAUAAAUCAUAAAGUUGCCUUUAGAACAGUGUAAAAGAAACGUGUUUUAUUACUUAACAAUAUUUUUAUAACCCUAGUCCCUACCAUAUUUUAAUCUAGCGCACGCCUGCGACUUCGUCCGUAAAGAAAACCCUACGAAUUGUA